AUGGCUACUUGGCGACAGCUCAAGAUUAGCGACAUCGACGCCGUUGUCAGCAUCAUGGCAGUCAUACAUGCCGAAUUGCCCGAGAGUAGAGACAUCUUUGUUGAGCGAUUAAGGCUCUUCCCCGAGGGAUGUCUGGGACUGGUCAACGAGGUCGGCGAGCUCAGUGGAUAUGCCAUCUCGCACCCCAUUCGCUAUCGUCAACCACCAGAACUGGACCACCUGUUGGGCCAGAUAGCUCGGGACGCCGAUCAGUACUAUAUUCACGAUGUUUGCGUGCUGCCUGCCUUUCGCGGACGAGGGCUGGCUCCGCAGGCCAUCAAGAAGCUCCUCAUCGUUGCCGAGCGCUACCCGAGCGCGUGCCUCAUAUCAGUCUACGGCACUAGGUCUUUCUGGGGCCGCUACGGCUUCCUACCACCACCGUCUAUUGACACAAGCCUUGCGGAGAAGUUGCUCGACUAUGGAGGAGAUGCAACAUAUCUUGAGCGCCGGAAAAGCGAUCCUUAG